AUGCUGACCCUCUAUAUAAAUCCAACACUGACCCUCUAUAUAAAUCCAACGCUGACCAUCUAUAUAAAUCCAACGCUGACCCUCUAUAUAAAUCCGACGCCGACCGUCUAUAUAAAUCCGACGCUGACCGUAUAUAUAACUACAAAGCUGACCGUCUAUAUAAAUCCAAUGCUGACCCUCUAUAUAAAUCCAACGCUGACCAUCUAUAUAAAUCCAACACUGACCCUCUAUAUAAAUCCAACACUGACCGUCUAUAUAAAUCCAACGCUGACCGUCUAUAUAAAUCCAACGCUGACCCUCUAUAUAAAUUCAUCGCUGACCAUCUAUAUAAAUCCAACGCCGACCGUCUAUAUAAAUCCGACGCUGACCGUAUAUAUAACUACAAAGCUGACCGUCUAUAUAAAUCCAAUGCUGACCCUCUAUAUAAAUCCAACGCUGACCAUCUAUAUAAAUCCAACAUUGACCCUCUAUAUAAAUAUAACACUGACCCUAUAUAUAAAUCCAACACUGACCAUUUAUAUAAAUCCAACACUGACCCUCUAUAUAAAUCCAACACUGACCGUCUAUAUAAAUCCAACACUGACCGUCUAUAUAAAUUCAACCCUGACCAUCUAUAUAAAUCCAACACUGACCCUCUAUAUAAAUCCAACACUGACCCUCUAUAUAAAUCCAACGCUGACCGUCUAUAUAAAUCCAACGCUGACCGUCUAUAUAAAUCCAACGCUGACCCUCUAUAUAAAUCCAACACUGACCCUCUAUAUAAAUCCAACGCUGACCAUUUAUAUAAAUCCAACGCUGACCGUCUAUAUAAAUCCAACCCUGACCCUCUAUAUAAAUCCAACCCUGACCCUCUAUAUAAAUCCAACGCUGACCGUCUAUAUAAAUCCAACGCUGACCCUCUAUAUAAAUCCAACACUGACCCUCUAUAUAAAUCCAACGCUGACCCUCUAUAUAAAUCCAACGCUGACCGUCUAUAUAAAUCCAACAUUGACCCUCUAUAUAAAUCCAACACUGAUCGUCUAUAUAAAUUCAACGCUGACCGUCUAUAUAAAUCCAACGCUGACCCUCUAUAUAAAUCCAACACUGACCCUCUAUAUAAAUCCAACACUGACCCUCUAUAUAAAUCCAACACUGACCCUCUAUAUAAAUCCAACACUGACCCUCUAUAUAAAUCCAACACUGACCCUCUAUAUAAAUCCAACACUGACCGUCUAUAUAAAUCCAACGCUGACCGUCUAUAUAAAUCCAACACUGACCCUCUAUAUAAAUCCAACACUGACCCUCUAUAUAAAUCCAACGCUGACCGUCUAUAUAAAUCCAACGCUGACCCUCUAUAUAAAUCCAACGCUGACCCUCUAUAUAAAUCCAACAUUGACCCUCUAUAUAAAUCCAACACUGAACGCCUAUAAAUCCAACACUGACCCUCUAUAUAAAUCCACCAUUGACCAUCUAUAUAAAUCCAACACUGACCGUCUAUAUACAUCUAUCACUGACCGUCUAUAUAAAUGCAGCAUUGACCUUCUAUAUAAAUCCAACACUGAUAUAAAUCCAACACUGACCGUCUAUAUAACACUGACCCUCUAUAUAAAUCCAACUGACCCUCUAUAUAAAUCCAACGCUGACCGUCUAUAUAAAUCCAACACUGACCGUCUAUAUAAAUCCAACACUGAACGUCUAUAUAAAUCCAACACUGAACGUCUAUAUAAAUCCAACACUGACCGUCUAUAUAAAUCCAACCCUGACCCUCUAUAUAAAUCCAACACUGACCGUCUAUAUAAAUCCAACACUGACCCUCUAUAUAAAUCCAACGCUGACCGUCUAUAUAAAUCCAACACUGACCGUCUAUAUAAAUCCAACACUGAACGUCUAUAUAAAUCCAACACUGAACGUCUAUAUAAAUCCAACACUGAACGUCUAUAUAAAUCCAACGCUGACCGUCUAUAUAAAUCCAACACUGACCGUCUAUAUAAAUCCAACACUGAACGUCUAUAUAAAUCCAACGCUGACCGUCUAUAUAAAUCCAACACUGACCGUCUAUAUAAAUCCAACACUGACCGUCUAUAUAAAUCCAACACUGACCCUCUAUAUAAAUCCAACGCUGACCCUCUAUAUAAAUCCAACACUGAACGUCUAUAUAAAUCCAACGCUGACCCUCUAUAUAAAUCCAACACUGACCAUUUAUAUAAAUCCAACACUGACCGUCUAUAUAAAUCCAACACUGAACGUCUAUAUAAAUCCAACACUGAACGUCUAUAUAAAUCCAACACUGACCGUCUAUAUAAAUCCAACCCUGACCCUCUAUAUAAAUCCAACACUGACCGUCUAUAUAAAUCCAACACUGACCCUCUAUAUAAAUCCAACGCUGACCGUCUAUAUAAAUCCAACACUGACCGUCUAUAUAAAUCCAACACUGAACGUCUAUAUAAAUCCAACACUGAACGUCUAUAUAAAUCCAACACUGAACGUCUAUAUAAAUCCAACGCUGACCGUCUAUAUAAAUCCAACACUGACCGUCUAUAUAAAUCCAACACUGAACGUCUAUAUAAAUCCAACGCUGACCGUCUAUAUAAAUCCAACACUGACCGUCUAUAUAAAUCCAACACUGACCGUCUAUAUAAAUCCAACACUGACCCUCUAUAUAAAUCCAACGCUGACCCUCUAUAUAAAUCCAACACUGAACGUCUAUAUAAAUCCAACGCUGACCGUCUAUAUAAAUCCAACACUGACCAUCUAUAUAAAUCCAACACUGACCGUCUAUAUAAAUCCAACACUGACCGUCUAUAUAAAUCCAACGCUGACCCUCUAUAUAAAUCCAACACUGAACGUCUAUAUAAAUCCAACACUGACCCUCUAUAUAAAUCCAACGCUGAACGUCUAUAUAAAUCCAACACUGACCGUCUAUAUAAAUCCAACGCUGACCGUCUAUAUAAAUCCAACACUGACCGUCUAUAUAAAUCCAACACUGACCGUCUAUAUAAAUCCAACACUGACCCUCUACAUAAAUCCAACGCCGACCCUCUAUAUAAAUACACCCCAGUUUCACCACGCAGAUUGCCACACACAACACAAACACAUCCCCGACAAGAAGCGUUUCCUUGGACAAUACACACAGACAUGCAUGUGCAGUACCGUGUAAAUUAUAUGUAA